AUGGGGUUGACCGGGACAACGUUGGUAUUGGUGUCUCUGGCCUUCUUCGGGACUGCUGCAGCCCACAAUUGCAAGAACGGAACGAGACCCACAUCGGAGCAAGAUAGAGAAGGCUGCGACUUUUACUGCUGGAACACUGACACCAAUUCAUGGGACCAAUUUUUCUUCAAGAACGGUGAAACAUGCUUUUACAACAAUGGUGAUCGAGGAUCAUGUCAAAACGGAGAAUGUCAUUUGAACACUAAUUCAGGUGUGCCCACCGACACUGAUUAUACUCCUGUGGAGACUGAAGGGCCGAAGCAAAAAAAGAAGAAACAGAAGAAGGCUAAGAUACUUCAUAGCAAGUCAAAGAAAAAUUAG